AUGGAGGAAUUAACCAGGGUUUUAACUGCAGUUCUUCGAGGAAUUCAGCAGCAACCCCAACAAGAAGCAGCGGCGCCGGUGUUGCCAGCACCCUCUGCGCCAAUUAACAUUCCAGCUUUCGAUCCCUCAAAAAGCGAUGCGGGAGCGAUGGGUUGGUGCGACGAUAUGGAGACCUUGGCGACCACGUUCAAGUGGACUGAUUUUGAACAGCUUUGCAGAGCCGCGGGUGCCCUCUAA